CAACAUGAAGGUUAUUUAUUCCCGUCCACAGAUGAAUUAUAUGACAAUGACUCAGGUAUUCAACCAACAGCAUCGGUUAAUGUGAUUACACGUUCAGCAGCUCGAGCUAAUAAUAACCAACAAGAUAAUGGGGAAAAUUAA